CGGAUGCGGCCGGCCCCGGCUGCUCCGGUGGAACUAUGAACAAUUGAUUGAUUACGAGAGGGAAAACUCUGCAUCUCUGAGAUCUGCGAAGACGAAGAUUGAAGACGACGCGUUGAGUCUCGUCUCGAAUCCGCCCGCUCUCUGAUCUGACUCGACUUCCGGCAAUGAUUCACUUCGUGCUUCUGAUAAGUAGGCAGGGGAAAGUCAGGUUGACGAAAUGGUAUUCACCCUAUUCCCAGAAGGAGCGUACCAAGGUCAUUCGGGAGCUUAGUGGUUUAAUACUUACUCGAGGCCCCAAGCUUUGCAAUUUUGUGGAAUGGAGGGGAUUGAAAGUUGUUUAUAGAAGAUAUGCCAGCCUAUACUUCUGCAUGUGCAUUGACCAGGAUGACAAUGAACUCGAGGUCCUCGAAAUUAUCCACCUCUUUGUUGAGAUAUUAGACCGCUACUUUGGAAGUGUUUGUGAGCUGGACUUGAUCUUUAAUUUCCAUAAGGCUUAUUACAUAUUGGAUGAGCUAUUGCUUGCUGGUGAACUCCAGGAGACAAGCAAGAAGACAGUUGGACGGCUUAUCGCUGGACAAGAUGCGCUCGUGGAAACAGCUAAAGAGGAGGCUAAUUCGAUAAGCAAUAUGAUUGCUCAGGCCACCAAAUAGGAGAAUUGAACCACCUGGAAUCUCAAUUUCAUUUGUAUUACUGAUCUUGAGUCUUUUUGAUUUGUAUGUACUUGUAUGUUCGAUGACUGACAAUUCAAUUCUUAUUGUAUGUCAGCAUUUAUUAUUUUUGUUACAGUGGUUGGAAGCAGAUGGUUCUUUUUUU